CACUGCGGCGGUAUUGCAACCUGGGCAGUUGCGGCUGAUUCGGCAUUUCGCUUGCAAGUGCUUAAUUGAUUUUGGACCGAGCCUGGACCUGUGCCAUGGCGAGCUCUCGGCACGUGGGUGCCAUCACCGAGCUCAAUCUGAGCACCUGUCAAACGAACACCCUUGUUGACAGGAUAAAUGCGGUGCCUGGCUUGAAGACAAGUGCUGCAUUUUUAACCUUCCUCCGCGCCAACCUCGUCCUCCUGGACUCCACGAUGUCCAACGCUUCGACGCCCACCCUCGGGCCACACACACCACAAGCCCUCCCACCCGUCUCGCCGUCACCCCUCGGGACCAGCCCUACCCAAGCAGCUCUCGACGACAACAUCCCCCCGCUCUCCCUCGAACUCCUCACCUCCCGGGAGGACAAAGCGGCCGCCCUCAAGCUAGUAGCCGACAGCAUCGCCCAGCAGCGCCAGGCCGCCGCCCUCCACCUCGUCUUCCACCCGCUGCCGCUUGCGGCCAUCCUCGCCGUGCUCGCGGCCAUCUACCGCUAUGCCUGGACGCAAAACUCACAGAACGACCUCGGCACCGUCCUCAUGCUGGUCAGCGGCGCCAUCAUGACCUACCUCACUGCCAUCCGCUUCUUCACCUCGGGCUACCUGCGCGCGGCCGAGGAGGUAUCGUGGGACUUCCUCACCGCCGGGCGGGACGGCGACGAAGAGGACCUGGUGCUCGGCACGCGGUACGGGCCCGACGUCGUCGGCGCGGUGGUGCUCCGGCUGGAGCGGCCCACGUCGUCGUCGGACGGGAACGGCGGCGGCGGCACCGGCGGCGGCGGCGGCCGGCGGAAGGCGCACAGCCGGCAGAACAGCUUCAAGCUCAAGGGCGGGCGGGGCGUGAUCCGGGCCUGGACGACCCGGCUGCGGUACCGGGGCCGGGGCGUGGGCGGGGACCUGCUCCGCGAGGCGGCGCGGGUGACGCGCGAGCGGUGCGGCAAGGACGCCGAGGUGGGGUUCGCGAAGGAGCAUGCCAACAGCAUCAUGGUGCUGCCGGAGAUGUUCAACAGCCCGUUUAGGAAAGGGGAGAUGCGGGCCGCGCGGGCGCUGGAACGGGUGCUGGGGGAGCGGGACGGGCGGAGGAGGUGACGGAGGGGCGCUUGGCUUUGUUGGGUUCUGGGGUAUUUGGAUACCGGUGAGGGCUUCCUUGGUAUGCAUACGGUAGCACAAUCGGUUGCUUUUUUUCAAUUUGGCUUCGUAUGGGCAACACGGCGUUGGUUUGGCGAUGGAUGCCCGGGCGGUCGACACUCUGAGGGCGGAUCUGUUAACCGGUUCUCCUUUAAGAU